AGACUAUUUUUUAAAUGUUUGCAUGUAUCAUUAUUGCACUUUUAUUUGUAAAUAAAAUAAAACUAUUUGUGUAAAAAAAUUGAAUUAGGACAUUCUUCCAUACUACUCCGUAGUUUCAAACCCUGCACAAGCUUUAAUCCUCCGUACUUCGUUUAGUUAAAAGUAAGCGGGCGAAGCUUUUAAGAGUUAAGCCGGCGAAGCUUAGAAUCCGUCGACUUUUCAUAAAUUUAGCCGCCGGUGAAGCUUCUUAGGCCAGAAAAAAGGGAAGGGUUUCGUCCAUUCAUUCCACCGUAUAUUCAAAGCUCUCAUUUUUCUCUGUGAUGGGAUUUUGGGAGUCUUUCCUCAAUUGGCUUCGCAGCCUGUUCUUUAAACAUGAGAUGGAACUAUCUCUUGUUGGACUUCAAAAUGCGGGGAAGACGUCUCUAGUUAACUCCAUUUCUAAUGGGGGCUACAGCGAGGACAUGAUUCCAACUGUUGGAUUUAAUAUGCGCAAAGUGACGAAGGGAAAUGUCACUAUCAAGCUUUGGGACCUUGGAGGGCAGCGCAGGUUUCGCACCAUGUGGGAACGAUAUUGUCGUGGCGUCUCUGCCAUUAUUUAUGUGGUCGAUGCUGCGGAUCGCGACAGUGUUCCUAUAUCUCGAACCGAACUUCAUGAUCUCUUAUCAAAGCCUUCGCUGAGCAACAUCCCACUGCUUGUGCUUGGGAACAAAAUUGACAAAUCCGAAGCUCUUUCCAAGUCGUCUCUAACUGAUCAACUGGGUCUUGAUGCAAUAAAGGAUAGGGAGGUCUGUUGCUAUAUGAUCUCUUGUAGAGACUCUGUAAAUAUAGAUAUGGUUAUUGAUUGGCUUAUUAAGCAUGCCCAAACGACGAAAUGAGGCGAUCAAUAUUGUUUCUGAGGGCACGCAGGUAAAUGAUCAUAUAAAUAACCUCAUAUGAGUCAAUUAUAUUGUUUGGAAUGUUUUUAUCUUCCUAUAUAUGCGUGACACUUGAUUGUACAUGUUUUAUAUUGUUUGUGUUUUCCUCGCUGUAUGUAUCGAUCGAUGUUCCACGCAUCUUAAAUGUCACUCCAUUUAAGAACCAAUAUAAUAUCGCACAGAAAACGCAUUGUUUGCAUUCGUUGUUCUUCCCAUAGGGUUUUCGUCAAUAUUUUAUCAUUCGUUUAACAAUAUAGAGCAUUAUUUUUA